CCCAAGUCUUGUCGUCGUCGUUUGUCCAAACCCCGAAGCAUUAAAAACCUUACUGCAAAAUUGAUCAAUAUCUGAAGUCUGAACAGAGCAAGUGAAAAGAUUCAGGAUUUAGAGAGAGAAUUUGGGCGGUGAGGUAUGUACAGAGGCGUACCUCGUCUAAGGGCUUCUGGCUCGUUGAUAUGGAACAAUCUAUCGAAGGCCCAGCUGAGAAGGAGAGCUUCGAAUUCAAUAGCUGCUAUUCAAGACACGUUUUUUUCCACCAAGGAGAUAUUUGAGAGGCAUAAAGUGGUGUUUACCAUAUCAACUUCUAUUGCAUCAAUUGCUACAGCAUGGGCUGGUUAUACCUUACGUCACUUGCACGAGUCAAGAGUGGAGCAAAAGCUUGAAUCAAUUGAAAAGACCAUGAAAGGCAGUUAUCGCUUGGAAGAUCCUGAGUUUAAGAAACUUGUUUCAGGAACUGUGAGUUUUCCAAGUUGUGUCGCGACUGCCGGAACCAGUUUGAUUAUUGGGUAUGUCUUGGGCUGGCGAGGCGGGGCCUGGUAUGCAAACCGUAAGUUCAGAAGAGAACAAAUGAAAUUGUUAGGACAGAUAAAGCCUAAAAGGUGGCCACUCAAGUUCCUAAGAAGGCCCCUUUUAAGACCUAGACUGAAAGAAACUGCCGAAGGUAAGGUUUCUUCAGAACCCUUGCAAACAACACAACAGUCAUGUCCGAAGACGAACAAACGAAAUUUAUGACAAUUUAUCUGAGUUUGGAUAUUUAUAUUACUCUUAUGGAGAGUUACAAAGUCGAUAUUGAUAUGGAGCACAAAACUGAUUUGCUUUCAAUUGUCCAUCUUGAACAAAAUGCUCCCCUUGAUGAUACCGAUCAUGGGAAAGGAAAGAAUUUUUCGAUCUGUCUGUAGGGGUAUUUACAAAACUACCCCCAUCGGGAUUUACAGCUACUCAGUGCGAAAUAUUUUUGCGAUAAAUCUAAUGAGGUGAUUUGUAUUUCAGAAAUGACUUGAGUGUGUCUAAGUAGGCUAAACCGAUAUUAGUUUGUAAUUUCUGUGUUUAUUAACAUUAUAAUUAGUAUUCUGGUAAUGUCAAAGGUUUGAUAUACCUUAGAGAAGUAAAAAUGACCUCAAUCAGAUGCAGCUAUGAAAUUAUUGCAAUUCUGUAACUAUCUCGAUUGAGAGAGAUUCAGGUAAUCUUAAAG